CUCUGAGUUUCCGGUGUAAACUUCCGCUUUGAUCUCAUGAAAAAGAAACGAGAAAUUUAAAGCUGUUUUGUGCAUUUUUCUGCUAGGCAGAAUGAGUUCUGCGAGCAAGGUUGGUGAAAUAUUUACUGCGGCAGGUGCUGCUUUUACUAAAUUAGGAGAUCUUACUCUGCAGCUUCACCCAACAGCAGAACAAAGCCCAUCCAGUGGAAAAUGGACUCCACAUGAGGUAGAUAUGCUGAAGAGUGCCGUCAAACGUUUUGGGGAUGAUCUGGACAAUAUUAGUGAAAUUAUCAAAACUAGAACCAUUUCUCAGAUUAAGACGCAGAUGAAGAGGAAAGCAUACGAAGAUGCAGGACUUCCUCAGCCAACAGAACCAUCUCCCAAAAAACAAGCUGUGAGAGCAGAAAAAACGCCACAGGUCACCGUAACAACUGCCACCGCCAGCUCAUCUGUAGAAUCUCAACCUAAAAAACAGCCACAAAAUGAUGUAACACUAAGUGCCCUGAAUGCUCCAGAGAGUGAUGUGGACAUUGAAGGAGACUCUUCAUCAUCAAAACGUUUAGAUUUUGAUUCUGAUGUUGACUCCAGUAUGCUAUGAAUCAAGGGAGAGAACUCAAAACCGGCAGCAAUAUUAUCCAAAACAUCAUGUUCUUGGUGGCAUUUACAGAUAUUUUAUCUAGUGUUUGACAUUCUGAUCAAAGGAUUGUACAUUUUA